GACCGAUCGAGGGCCCGAUACAUCCUGGACGAAGACACCUGGCCACGAGUCGACGGAUCGCCCCGUGGAUCCUUGGCCAUGAGCUCGGCCCCGGAAGCAUGCAGAAGCCACUGAGAGAGCUCGGCAGAUUGUGCCUCGGUACGGGCGAGCAGAGCAACGUCGUCACCGCGGAAGUUUGUCCAGAAACACGGGGCGGGCUUCCCCUGUUGCAAGUAUGGCCGAGCGACUCGCCGAGAGGCGAGGCGGACGGACAGGCGCAGGCAUUCGUGUUCCCAGACGUCCAGGAGAACGUCAACGACAGCGGCAUCGACUCCAUCCAGGCAUCGCCGUCGCCUUGCGGCGCAGCGAGCACCAGCCCCGCCGCGACGCCGCAGCAAUCGCGACGCGCCAGUCUGCUCCAUCCGGACCACGCUCGGCUGCAGCUGCACCAUUUGCAUCACAAUCACCACAAUUCCGGGUCUAAGAACCCGCCGACCCCGGACAGGGCGUCCAUCGACGAGGAGCCACCCCCAUUGCCGCCGAGUCCCUCCAGCUCGACCACCAGCAGUCUGCGAUCCAUGCCCAGCUCCGCCGUCGCCUCGAUGCACUCGCAAGACAGGAGACGCAGCAGCAGGUACAGCAUGUUCGACGCCCUGGACCUGGAGUACUCGCUGCUGAGGGCAGCAGCCCGUGGCUCCGUAGGCCCGUACUCCCUCUCGGAGUCCCUGCACAAGCUGACCUUCACCCAGAGCCUCGCGUUCCCCGCGCUGGCUCGGGGCUUGGCCUCGAAACAGAGCAUCCCCACCAGGAGGCCUCAACAGCACACGGAAAGCGGAUUGAACGCGUUCGCCAAGGUGGUCACCGCGUUGGUACUGGUUCUGGUCAGCGUGCUGGUCUUCGGUGUUGUGUACAAGUUCGUGAGGACGUGAGGAUGGCUGCUGGUGCCCGAUCGACAGCCCCCCUCGUCGCAGGAGUUCGGUCGAUCGGGCGCUGGCGGUCCUCUCGACGAUUGACUUUCCCGAUCGAUCGCCCCCCGACACUCUGUCUCGGCGACGUGGACCGGUUCGCGGAGGUUCGAACAAGUUUUGAACACGUUUCAGAGUGUUUGAUGAGGUUUGAGGAUGUUUGAACAAGUUUGAACAAGUUUGAACGAACUUCCAGCGCCGAGAAUCGGCUGUUCUGUCUGCUUUGGUCGAGUGAUGGUUUUCGAGGUUGUUCGAUGUAGUUUCAACGUGUUUGACGGAGUUUGAGGAAUGGGUGUGGACCAGAUCGAGCAUACUCGUGGAAGUUGAAAGUCGAGAGAUGUUUGCAGAGACGAAAAAUGACUGAACUUUGAAAGGGCAAUCAAGUUUGGAGGUGUUUGAUGCGGACAAGGAUAGUUUGAAUAACCCGAUCGAUUUCCUUUUUUCCUCUCAGCUUGCGUUGCUUUGGAUUAGAUUAUUUCCAACUAGAAACUGUUCCAAUCGUUUGUUUUAUUUUAAUUUUGAAGAAGUUUGAGAGUUGAUUUUCACUGGUUGACUUAUCAUUGUAUUUUCUAAGUUUUUUUUUUAAUGUCGCGAUACCAAAACAUGCAAUAAUGUUCGAAGGGGUUUUGAACUUGUGAAAAGAUUCCGCGAAAGUGGUUUAUCGUCGAGGAAUCGUACAUUUGAAAAUUUUAAUCGAAUAAGGGAGAAAUUUACCUCUGAUGCGAGGAUCGAAACCUAAAGGGUCGAAAGAACGAAAGUAACGCGUAGUUAAAAAUAGGAUGAAACGAACGAGCUUCGACAGAAUGCAAUAAACCGUGAAUGCAGAUUGUUUAGAUCGCGUAAAUAUAUUCGGAGUGCAUGCAAUGCACGAAUUCGACCGAAAUAUGGAAUUUUGAUACGGUGCUGAAUAUUUAACCACAGCGUUAACGAGCGGCUUUUUUUUUUACUGUAAAAACAGUGGGCUGCGGACGACUAUUAAAAAUUGAUCGUUAAUGCAGCGUUUUCGUGCGGACGAACCGAACGCGAAAUACAAAUCAAACGAUUCGAUAAUUCAUGAGAAUCGGAUCAAAAAUUACCAGUAAUAAACAAAGUUAUCUUCGACGCUAUAUCAUUGCGCUUGAAAUUUAUAAAUAACUUGACCAACAUGUUCGUUGAAACAAUAUACGAGACGUGCAAUCUUCUGAGCCUCGAAAUCAUUUUCAGAAUUUCGUCCGCGUGAAAAUAAUACAAACUAGAUAUGUAAUGUAGGGAGAACGAAAAACGGGUCCUGGGUCAAGUAACUCCUUCCAAGGCUCGUCUUUCGUUCUUCCGCGUAUAGGAUGGUCGAUUAGAAUCAGGCGAUGUUAAUGCCCUCGUUAUUUUAAGCAAAUCGCUAUUUGUAUCUGAGAUUUCUAAUUCUUGUCUAACAAUCUUAUCGACUUUUAUUAUUAUUAUUUAAUAAUUUAACUCUUUGACUGCCACGUCAUCCAUAU